GCAUAUUUAAAUUCAGUGCAAGACAGGGUGCAAGCAUGGACAAGACUUUCCCAAGCUGGAGCAGGUCUCCCAGGAGGAUGGGUGGUGAAGCCAACCUUCCUGCCCCUCAGCGUCGAGCUGUGGCUCCUGCAUCCCUCUGCACACUCCAGGCAAUGAAAAGCCACCACUGCUGAAAGCCUAGGAUUUCCCAUCAUCAUGGAACCUGCAGCCAACUAAACAUCACCUCAGAAGUCAUGGGCUCCCACCCCUGCUCCUGUCUCAGAAGUUUUCUACUCCCUGCCCCUGAAGAAAACUGGAGGAAGAUUAAAAAGACGUAUUUUCCAAGAUAAAUUAUCAAAUGGCUUUAACACUUGGUGGUGGUGCAGAGAGAACAAGGAGAGCUUGUUUUUCAUGUUGGGCUUCGUGCAGAUUGUUUCUCUGAAGGCGUGCAAAGGAACCUGACCAAAAAACGCAGGAGAUCUUUUAUGCAGGCUAAACUUUGUUUUCCUUCUUUGGAUCUCAAUGACAUUCGUGUGCUCGGGUUACCCAGUUGGCCCUUCCAUGAGCAACAAUCCUUUUUAUUUGAAUUGCCAGCUGUAUGGAAAACCUGAUUACUGCCUGGUCCUGCUGAGUAGCUGCUUAGCCAAGGUGGGCAGGGAUGAAGAACUUUUAAAGCCUCACCCGGAGACACCUCUCGACAAAAGGUCCUUCCGCAACGGCGUCGGAUCGGGAAUUAAAAAAACUUCCUUCCGAAGAGCAAAGUCAUGAGCAAGUGCCCCAAACCACAGUACACACCCACCACCCCCCCCCCUUUUGACAUCUGAUGUUUAACUUUGUGCUUAAAGAGGUUUAUUUUGAUGCUCUUCUAGGAUCAGACCAACCCGUGUCCUCAGCAUGUAAGGGGGUGUUUGUUCCCGAGCGCGCGAGCCGAGCGGAGCAGGUGGGAUUGCUCGGGAAGGGCUUUGUUCCCAAAGCUGCAGUGUCAUAAAGUUUUGUCCUGGAAUGAACGUUUUCGGUUGGUUUAAUUCCCCUUCUUUGUAAAGCAGCAGAUUUAAUCAAGUUGGUUUUGAUUAAUGCAGAGGUAAUCCUGUGCUGUGAGUAGAUGUGCGUUCGCAGCCCGUGGGGAGGACGGAGAAUAUUAUUCCCAAAAUCCCUCCUCUCUGCCUUGGAGACAAACACAGGGCAUUCCUGUGCUUUCCUGUCCCACAUCACAUUUGCUUGAAGGCAACUGCUCUGGCAGUUUUAAUGCACAUUUGAAGCACAUUUCGUUUCAGAUUUCCAAAGAUAUGAAGGGCCAGCGGUGAGAGGCAGAAUCAGGCCCUACUUGCAACUUCCACUGGCUUUUUAAUAUAGUUAUUUAAAGUUACUUUAGCAGGGAAUAAUCUCUGGAGAUGUGUCAGCUCAUUUCCAGAGGAGUCCUGGGAAAUCACUGUGAGGCACUGCUUCCUGUGCCUCUGUUAAUUGACUUAGGUAGGCAACACAC